AUGGGGAGGCUUCAUCUCGUCCCCCUGGAGGGCGAGGUCUACACCUGCAGGCACUGCGAGACCCAGCUCGCCCUCGCCGGAGACAUCUUCUCCAGGGUAAGGCCUUCCUGCUUCAUGGUAUUCUCAAGUUUGACCAACGAUUGAGCGCCUGUCGGUCCUCGUCUUCUCGUUGCGGAUCGUGUGAUGUGAAUUCCUUAGGUAAUUUGAUUGAAUUGGCCGUCAAGAUUCUUUUGUUCUCGGUGGAUGAUGGGAGCUUGUUCAAGAAACUCCAUUAAUUAGGAAGGGUUGUAUCCCGGGACAAUAACGAGUGAUCUCACUUGUUUUUACUCCCUGUGUGUAAAUUCGAGUUUAUCCUGCUGUAUUUAUGCGAAUUACCUCACUAUGUUCUUGAUUUGUUGGAGUUUCGGGUCAAAGGAGAGACCCAAAGGAAAACUGCAUUAUGAUGUAUAUGAUCAUCUCCACGUGUAUUUUAACUUUCUUACGAUCAGCAAUUUCUCAUCCCGGUUCGACACUGUUUUUAUCCGGGUAUACCGUCAGGCUGCUGUCUAUACCUGGGUUCUGGAUCAUCUCCAACUGUGUGGGUAUUUUUGUACAAUUGAAGGCCUUCUGGGAUCUUCAGGUUAUAGUACCAGCUAGAUAUUGAAUUUCAUAGAUUAACUGGUAACGUAUGGCUUUCAGGUUCUCGAAUUUUCUGUCAUUAUCUACCUAAUGUGUGUCCAUAUUCUCAUACUUCCCUUUGAUCUUAUGUAUUGAUGACCAUUGGUUAAAAUCAAUGAACCUGACUAAAAUUAUGCACAUUGAAUGUUGGAUAGGCAAAUGAAUUUGCAAAUUUUCUUUUUUAUGGAAAUUUUGGUGACAAUUUUUGGGGAGACAAAUCUCGGUCCUUUACUGCUGGAAGAGAUGUUGAGACCUAAAACUGAAAUUAUUUCCUCGGUAAUUUGUGUAAAUACAAGAGGCAAUGAUCCAAACCUUCAAAUGAAAAAAUGGUAUGCAGUAAUCAUACUUUACAAAUCAUUCGCCAAAUAUUAGUAUUUUUCAUGCAUGAGCUCCAAGAAGCUAUGAAAAUAACCUCCUCAUUGAAUGUGAUCAGAUUAUUUCAUUGACUGAACAACGGAUGUCCUAUCAUUUGGCAGCAUGCUUGAACAAUUUUUGAUAUAGAACAUAUAUAUAUAUAUAUAUGUGUGUGUGUGUGUGUGUGUGUGUGUGUGCCUGUUUUAUUUUCUCGAUGCAUGACUCUUCUCUUGAUUCUGAAGAUAUUAAUAUGUUGUUCCGUGAUAGAUUAGUUUUUAGACGAUAUCAAUUUCUUCUAAAAUUUAGGUCAAAUGGUCUAUCAUGUUAAAUAAUAUGAAUCGUAUUGAAAAACAAAUGAGAAUCGCAGGGAGUCUCGUGGAUACGGGUUGGUGCCAAUUGAUGAGUACCCAGUAUUUCUUGACAAAUACUCGCCAAAUUUAGAACCAGCAAAAAAAAUAUUUUCGAGUACCAAGAUUUCAGUGUAGCCAGUAUUUCCCAUGUAUCAGUUCUUGCCGUGGAUUCAAGUUCUAAAGGUUACUAUGAAUACUCUACAUCCUGAAAAGAUAAAACUACCAGCAGACUAUGUGAUUGCUAAGUAUAUGUGAUAUUAAUAAAAUGUACAUUUUUCCAUUCGCUCCUAAAUUUGAAGUCGAGAGUCACAAAGUAUAUAUGAUCUCUAAGCAUAUGUCGCCAUCCUAUUCUUCAUUUACUUUUAUAGUGAGAUGUUGACAUUAGCUGUAGAUGGAUAAGUUUAACAUAGCCUGCAAAUGAAACCAUCUAUCUUAAUGCACGGCUAUUGUCACUAUUAAGAACGAGCGUAUAAGAUUAUGAUGUUGAUUAUGUUACUUUUGAGGCUGUUCAUGCUAUGUAUGUCACUUUUUAACAGUCUGACCAUGAUUUAAUUUCUUCUUUCCUUCUCUGUGUCCAGUUUUUCCAAUGCAGCCACGGGAAAGCCUAUCUCUUCAGCAAAGUGUAAGUUAUCUUGAAACCCGGUGCAUUUUAGAUGGCUCUUCUGGAUCUUCUUUUAUUAUUAUUAUUAUUAUUAUUAUUAUUAUUAUUAUUAUUAUUAUUAUUAUUAUUAUUAUUAUUAUUAUUAUUAUUAUUAUUAUUAUUAUUAUUAUUACUACUACUACAACUAAUUUUUACUUUCAUCUUGAAUGCUGACUUUCGCUAUAUUUAUUGUUAUUUUCUUUUUUGGUUUAGUCAAAGUAUGCCAAAGUCCAUUGGAAUAUAUGGUGUUGACGAGGAUAUUUUGUUGACUAGUGUGAAUCAAACUGCUCAUCUGAGUCAAUUUUAAGCCUAGCCUUUUACAAUAAUGAAGGGGGUGAAUUUAUGCUAAUCCUGCGUUAACUCGUCCACUUUUGACUGCUCAUCUGCUCAUCUGCUCAUCUGGGUAGUAGCUGCACCUUCGAUUGUUGGUGGGAUCAUACGUGUCAGGAGAUGUCAUCCUCUCCUCAAAACCCAGUGCCUGAUGCCUGUUCUUCAACAGCUAAAGCCUCUUUGUUGGCCUCAAUCCGAUCCUUGUCCUUUUCAGCUCCUACCUACUCCUGCCGAUCUUAUCAAACUUAAUUGAAUAUCGUGGCCAAUCUAGCAAAAUCAAUAGCGUGCUCGAGAAAAUCCGUAUGAAUUUCCCCUGAGGGAGUAAAAGCUGCUGAAAUUUCCCUUUCUUCAGUGGCAUAAAAAGUUUGUGGGGAUCCCCCCCUUUAAUAAAUAAAAACAUGAUCACAUGUUUAUUAACCAUAGUCUGGAUCAUUGUUCGACUUCCCACAUUUCCGGAGUCAUGUUGUAAAUUUAGUAGAUAUCACAUCGCGGAGUGUAAGAUAUUUUGAUGUGGCUAAAACGAUAGAACCCAUAGAUACUUAAAACAUUGGCAGAAGUUGUUGUUUUUUUUUUUUAUGAGGGAUUAUUAAUAUAGAUCAAACUGUAGUUUUGUGGAUCAUACCCGUUCAAUCAUUUGCGUUAAUAUUCUUUUUAUUUUUUUAUUUUAUUUCUUUUAUGAGGCAUGAUUUUUUACCUGUUGAUCAAACUUUCUGAUUUUUUAUGAUUUUUCUCCAGUUUUUUCUUGAGUGAUCUUGCUGAAUUAUGAUCAAAUCAAGGGCCAAACUAAGUGAAUGAACGAAACUAAGGAAGAGACGAAUAAAUCUGCCAAUAAAGGGAAUCAAGUAGAAAAAUAAAGCACAAGCAUAAUGCAUUGACUUGGGCUUUUCAAUGAUCGGCAGCGUCAACGUCUACGUCGGGCGGAAGGAAGAACGGCUGAUGACAACAGGGAUGCACACCGUCUCCGACAUAUUCUGCGUGAGAUGCGGUUCCAUCCUGGGAUGGAAAUACGUAAGGACUCAACACCCCCUCCCCCCCUUAGAUUCUUCCCACUUUUGGAAGCUUCGGCCAUGCAUGGAUGACAUCCUAGCUUCGGCCUUCUUACAGGAAACUGCCCACGUAGUCAACCAGAGGUACAAGGAAGGGAUGUUCAUUCUCGAGAGGUGUGGGCUUCGGGCUUCGGGCUUCCUCUAUUUUUGAAGGAUGAUCUCUCCCCAACUUGGUAGAUAUGAAUCGGGUAUUAUCUGCUGCUGCGUAGGUUCAGAGUGCUGGGCCCGGAUGGGAACAACUGCUGCGAGAGCGAAGACAGCCUCCAGGAGGAGGAGGAGGAGGAGGAGGAGGAUGACGUAGCCGACGAUUCGCUGAACUUACCCUAA